ACACAUCUACCUCCUCUCCCCUUCCUUUCUCCGAGCCACCGAGCGAGCGACGAGGGAACAAUGGUCGGGCGAGCGGCGGCGCCAAAGCGGAGGGCCGGCAAUGGGCGGACGAAGAUCGCCAUCCGGCGGAUCGAGAAGAAGGGCGCCCGACAGGUAUGCUUCGCCAAGCGCCGGCAGGGCCUGUUUAACAAGGCCAACGAGCUGGCGGUGAUGUGCGGCGCCCAGGUGGCCGCCGUCACCUUCUCGGACGGCGGAAAGGCCUUCUCCUUUGGGCACCCCUCCGCCGAGGCCGUCGUCGACCGCUUCCUGGCGGGGGGAGGCGCGUUGGUCCAGGGCGCCGCCGCCGACGACGACGAGCUGAAGAAGCUGCACCAGCUGCACGGCGAGCUGCGCACGCGGUUGAAGGAGGUGAAGGCGCGGAAAGGGCGCGUGGUGGAGGCCAUGGCAAAGGAGCGCGCCGCGGGGGAUCAAUUUGCGGUGUGGCUCGACCCCGAGUUGGGCGACAUUGGGGAGGAGGAGCUGAUGGCCUUCGCCGCCGAGCUGAUGGUGGCGCGGGCCGCCGUCUCGGACCGCGCAUACCAGGUGCUCUUGGAGGCGCAGAACGUCAGCCGCAUGCUGCAGGCGCCCCCGCCGCCACAGCAGCAGCUCUUCGGUUGUAGCACCUUUGAGUUUGGUGGCAGCAGCAGUGGCAACGCCGGGAUGGGGAUGCAACAGAUGCAGAUGGUGAUGCCUUCGACGCAGGGGUUCGCCGUCGGGAUGCAUAUGCACCAGAUGUCAAUGGCAAUGCCUCCGCCGCCGGGCUUGGCCUACGGGGUGGAUUUGCAGCAGAUGCAUAUGUCGGUUCCUCCAUCGCCCGUUUUUGGCGCCGGGACGGAGAUGCAGCAGAUGAUUAUGGCGAUGCAGCCGCAACCAGUGUUCGCCGCCGACACGGAGAUGCAGCAGGCGGCUAUGGCGAUGCCGCCGCCGCCGGAGUUUCCUGUUGGGAUGGCGAUGCCUCCGCCGCCGGGGGUCGCCGCCGGGAUGAAGAUGGUGCAGCAGGGGCCCGGGAUGAACAUGGGCUUCCCCUACUGAGGAGAAGAAGACAAGAUCCAUACCAAGUCUGAGUCUGUGAGAGUCAGACUCUAUGACACCGAUCUCUUAGUUCGUUAUCAAUCUAUUUAUAUUAUACACCGAUCUCUUAGCUCGUUAUCAAUCUAUUUAUAUGAUCCUGAGUGCAAGAUUCAUUAUCCUAGUAGUAUCAAUUAAAUUAACGGCUUUGCUAGAACUCAUCUAGUUGAGUUUUAGUUAUGUCUCAUUCACUUUUAUAGCCAUUGGAUUGAUACUAUAAGAUGCGUGUGUGCUGAUGUGGUUUGUAGUAUUAUUUUUAUCUGUUUUUGUUUUCAUGUGAAUGAGACCAAAUUAUAUCUCAUCUAGUUGAGUCCUAGGCACUCCCUUAAAUU